AUGCUGCGCCCCAGGCUCGCGCUCCUGGACGAGACUAGCUCUAUGCGCAAGGUCCUUGACAACACAUACACAAUCUCCAGCGGCACGGUCGCGUCCGAAUCUCCCAUUCUUGAGCUUACCAUCAUCGAAUCCGAAAUCACCCGAUACACCUUCACACUUUGGGGCAUGUUGGCCGCGGGCCUGGUGAUUUUCUUCUUCGUCCAGGAAGAGAUACUUGAGCGCGAGCACCCUACCCCACAUGAGUGGACGUAUAUAACGAGGAAGUUCCUGCGCGAUGGAAAGGAACUAGAGAACCCCAAGAAUGGCAAUAUCCAAUGGGCCAACUCCCUAGGACGAGUGCGCAAUGCGCUGAUGCGCCUGAGCGACCCCAAGAAGGACGGCGCAGGCCUGGUACCCCUUUCCGACGUGACCGAUCCCGAGCUCGAAGAUCCGAUCGAAUUCGUCCCCUACGACAUCACCGCGAAAUCGGAGGAGUGGCGCCGCGGCUACUUUGAGGCUAUGAUGACGGCGGCCAAGACGGCAGAGCAUGUAGAUGGCUGGGUCCUCGACGUCACGCGGAACAUGGUCUCUCCCGCCAGGUUCAUGAUUGGGCCUUCAAAUCCCAACCCGGUGCCGAUUCCCCCGGGAGCGGCCCACGCACCUCUAGAAGAGAACUGCGUAAACGCAUUCCCCACCGCCGAUAGAUGGUACAUGAAAAUCCUGGCUACCAAGGGCUUCACUGAGCGACAGCGCCUCGAGGCAACUUUGGACUUGCACCAGCUUGCCCUCAGCGAGGCCACAAAGGGCAUCGACGCUGCCAAGCUGCCACACGACAGCAAAACAUUUGUCCUGAGGGACAAGUCCGGACCCCCAUCUCUCAAUCUAAUCGAUGCUCUGACGUCGAUUGCAAACUCGAAAGCCCGCACCGGUGACAUUUCUGGCGCGCUGCCAAUGUACAUUUCGCUCCUCAAGGCUCGCCGCGAACUCUCAGAUGAGCGGCCGCAGGAGCCGCGCAGCCGCAGCCGGCCCAGCAGCGCACCGGUGUACCAGAGAAUCCUAGAUCUUGUCAAGCCUCCAGCCUACCCGCUGCCACCCCCCGACGGCACGCAGCCCCCUUGGCGCAGCGCCGAGGAGCGGUGCCAGGAAGCCUCGCUGCAAAUCUACAUUGGCGAGAUCCUCUACGCCACGUCGUCCAAGAACGACGGCCUCUCGUGGACGAGAGACGGCGUGGAUCUCGCAGAGGAGCAGCUUCGCUCGCUCGGCGUCGGCCCCGACUCCAAGGGCACCAAGAAGCUCUGCCGCGAGUGCCUGGGCGCUGGCCUCGAAAACUGGCACACCAUGGUGGCCAGGCUCGCCAAGGCGGAAAAGGCCAAAGAGGAGAGCGGCGCUGCCAGCAGCCCUGGCCUGUUUACGUUUUGGAGCGGCGCAAAGGAGCCCGAGGGCAGGUGGGCGGCCGAGGAAGCGGUCGUGCAGGAGAGGGUGCGCCGCACCAAGGAGAUUAUGGAGGAUGUGGCGCCUCCGAGAGACUUUAUCACAAACUGGUUCAAGGCCUAG